AACUUCUGACUUGAAGAAAACUGCACAGGUUAAGAAAUGGCCAAAGUCGAGAGGUUUGCUUUUCACGUUCCAAGUUUGGAGGAGCUUGCUGGAGUUUUGCAGAAAGGGCUUAAAGAAAACUUUGCUGAUGCUCAAGUCUCUGUUGUAGACUGCCCUGAUCUGACUCAGGAACCCUUCAGCUUUCCUGCUAAAGGAAUCUGCGGGAAGCCUAGGAUAGCAGAUGUGGGAGGUGUUCCUUACCUUCUUCCUCUUGUACAAAAAGAAAAAGUUUAUGAUCUAAACGUAGUUGCAAAAGACAUAGAGCUGCCUGGAGCUUUCAUUCUUGGAGCUGGAGCUGCUUCAUCCAGGAUUCUUGGAGUAAAUGCCGAGUUUAUCCCUAUUGUUCAAGCUAAGAGUGAGAAGAAGCCUGCUGUGAAUGGGAGCUACGUCGCCCAGAUAAACCCUGCAGACAAAGGCUGCCUGCUCGAGAAGUACAGCACUAAAUACAGCGACUGUGAGUUCGGGCUGCUGGCCAACCUCUACGCCAGCGAGGGCCAACCUGGCAAGGUUAUUGAAGUGAAAGCGAGUGAAAGAACUGGGGAGCUUAACUUUGUGUCGUGUCUGAGACAAAUUUUAGAGAAACAUUAUGGAGAAAAACCAGUUGGGAUGGGUGGUACCUUCAUCAUUCAAAAGGGGAAAGCAAAGAUUCACAUUAUGCCUCCUGAAUUUUCUGCUUGUCCUCUGAACACUGAUGAAGAUGUGAAUAACUGGCUCAAAUUCUUUGAAAUGAAGGCUCCACUGAUUUGCCAGCCAGUAAUAGUUUCCCGAGACCCGGGCUUCGACCUGCGCGUGGAGCACACGCACUGCUUCAGCCACCACAGCGAGGGCGGCCACUACCACGAGGACACCACGCCGGAGAGCGUGCGCUACCUCGGCUACUUCGUGCCCGCCGAGCUGCUCUUCCGCAUCGACAGGCCCAAGGAGACGCAUAUGGUCGGGAGGGACUAA